AAUUCCACCUGAUGCAAGCGAUAAAUAUAUUACAACUUUAAAAGAUAAUAAGUGUAACAACUGUCAAAGCGAUAAGCAUUUGUUAUCGUAUUAUGUUAAACAAAAUAAAUUUUUUUUUAAAAUGUUAGACGGAAUAAGAAGUAAAAUAUUUGUUUCUAAGCCGGCAUUUAUUCACGAAGACGAGAAGUGUAUGGUUUUCGAAGAACAAUUCAACCCUCAAGCUCCCAUACACUUUCUGGUUGUGCCUAAACAAAUGAUAUCACACCUAGCAACAGCCUCAGGUGAAGAUGAAAAAUUAUUAGGGCAUUUAAUGCUUAUAGCGGGAAAAAUAGCUGAACAAAAAGGAUUACUACAAAAUGGUUUCCAUGUGAUGGUUGAUGAAGACUACAAGACAUCGAGAUUUAAAUGCUUACAUGUAUUUGGCAGAGCACUUCAACAUAUGAUAUGGCCAAUUGGACCUGCAAGUAGACUUUAAGAUAAAAAUAAUACAAUACAAUUAUACAAAUGUAAAAUUAUUUUUGAAUCUAUAUAAGUAUGAAGAAUAUAUAUGUAUAUAUUCAUAAAGGUUGCUUCAUAAAGGAUGGAUUACAAAUAAAUAAUAUAAAAAGUUA